UUAGAAGGCUUUGGGGAAGUGCCUGAAAUCAUUCCUGUUUUCCUUAUUCAUCGGCCCAAGAAUAAUAUCCCAUAUGCAACGGUAGAAGAAGAGCUCAUUGGAGAGUUUGUGAAAUACUCGGUCAAGGAUGGGAAAGAAAUAAACUUCAUGAGAAGAGACUCAGAAGCUGGACAGAAAUGUUGCACCUUUCAGCACUGGGUAUAUGAAAAAACCAGUGGCAGCUUGCUUGUAACUGAUAUGCAAGGUGUAGGAAUGAAACUAACUGACGUUGGCAUAGCAACACAGGCCAAAGGGUGA